AUGGUCACAUCCGGCAAAACUGAGCACGUUGACCAGUACCACCUUACUGACAUGAUUGUGGUCCGCGUCGAGGGCAAGGGCGGCGAUCAGAAGGCCGACAUGAAUGUACACGUCCCUGAUGUAGGCAGUGGUGUCUGUAACAAUAGUACCAAGGUCGGCGGUGCCAUGGCUGGUGCUCUUGAUGGUAUUUUGGGCGGAAUCUUCACCCUUGCUUCUAAUGUCUGGGCUGUAGCGGAGACUUUCGGCGAUAAAGUUUGA